GCCGAUCCUCUAUGCCUCUGUCAGAGUCCUCAAGACUCAGAGGAGACACACAGGAGAGUCCUCUGACAACCACAGACAUGGAAUAAACUGAAACAUCAGCAACACGUGACUCAGAGCUGCCCACUAUGGAGCCUGAGGUAUCAGUGUCGACCCCCCCGGACAGGGGCUGGACCCCGGACUCCAAUGAGGGUCUUCAUUAUGGUUCUUUUGCAAACAGCCUCGCAUCACUCACACACCAGGCACCAGAGAGGAUCACACCGAGACAGGCUAAGAUCGCUGUAGCUGUGCUCUGCUACAUCAACCUCAUCAACUACAUGGAGCGUUACACCAUCGCAGGUGUCCUGCUCAAUCUGCAGAAAUUCUUUGAUAUAAGUGACAGUACAGCUGCACUCCUGCAAACAGUCUUCAUCUGCAGUUUCCUACUUCUGGCCCCUCUCUUUGGUUACCUUGGUGACCGCUACAACAGGAAGUACCUCAUGAUUGGUGGGCUGAGCGUGUGGCUCAUCAUGGGAGCAGCCAGCUCUUUGGUCACUGAGUCGCUUUUCUGGCUGCUGAUGCUGCUGCGAGCCAUGGUCGGGAUCGGAGAGGCCAGUUACUCCUCCAUCGCUCCCACCAUCAUCGGUGAUCUCUUCACAGGGGCUCAACGGAGCGUCGUGAUCUGUAUAUUCUACAUCUUCAUCCCUAUUGGAAGUGGUCUUGGGUACAUCACAGGAGCAGGGAUGGCUGCUCUCACAGAAGACUGGCGCUGGGCUCUCAGGAUUACUCCCAUCAUGGGUGUAGUGGGACUUGUGUUGCUCGUCUUCUUGUGCCCAAACCCACCCAGGGGUGCUGCUGAAACUAACGGAGAAGGAGUCGAAGGGCAGAGCUCGUACCGGGAGGACGUCAAGUACCUGCUGAGAAAUAAAAGUUACGUGUGGUCAACUCUGGGAGUGACAGCGACGACCUUCCUCACUGGAGCCAUGGCUUUCUGGAUGCCAACUUUUCUGUCCAGAGCUCAGAUCGCUCAGAAUCUCAGACCACCGUGUGUGAAAGAGCCGUGCAAUGCCACAGACAGUUAUAUCUUUGGAGCUGUGACGGUGGUGACGGGCAUUAUGGGAGGUUGUCUUGGCACCGGUUUGUCCAGAUGGUUUAGGGACAAGGUGCCGAAUGUGGACCCCAGGAUCUGUGCGGCGGGGCUGCUGGGAUCAGCCCCCUGCCUCUUUGUUGUCAUCUUCGUGGCGUCAGUAAACAUCCCCACCACUUACGUGUUCAUUUUCUUAGGUGAACUGUUGAUUUCACUGAACUGGGCUGUCAUGGCUGACAUCCUGCUGUACGUUGUUGUACCGACCAGGCGAGCCACAGCCGAGGCUCUCCAGAUUUCAGUCGGUCAUCUCCUGGGUGACGCCGGAAGUCCUUACCUUGUAGGAGUGAUAUCUGACGCUGUAAGCAGAUCUGAUCCUACCAGUCACAUCUGGAGCUUCCAAAGUCUGAAGUACAGCCUGCUGGUCUGCCCGUUGGUCGGGGUCCUUGGUGGAGUGUUUUUCUCCAUGGCAGCUCUCUACAUCACUGAAGACAAGAAGGCAGCUCUGCGAUUGGUUGAAGCAGAAGACUCUCGACCACAUCAGGGACCUUCACCUGAGCCCGCCCUGGAACUCAGCACGCAGAAGAAAUGAGUAUUAAACCUGUGACGGAGAGAGCCAUGUCAUUCAUAAAUCUGUAAAUAUUUAAACUUCAGUUAAAAACUGUGACUUGUUGUUGGAGACUUGAAAAAAACGUCAUGUUUUGUGACUAAACUUUGAUGAAAUUAUGAACAAUGCAGAGAAACAUCAGACCGUUAUCCAUCAAAUGACCUCAUUAUAAAUGUUUUUCUGUUCACUCUGGAGGGAAAUUGUAUUUUCGACUGUUGAAGACAAAUCAAUUUGUUUGUACCAUUACAGUCUAUUAGUUGUACACUUGAAAAUCACUGUUUUUCAUCAAGGCACGGGACCUUCUGUAUAAAAACAAACAUACCCAUUAUCGUCCAGAAAUUGAAAAACUGCUCUCAACAACAAGGUGAGAAGAAAAGCUGAAACACUGUGAAUUUGUGGAAAAGUUUUCAAUAAAUUUGCUAUGAAAAUGACA